AUGGCUUCAUUCACUAAAGUUUCCACCUUUCUUGCAAUCAUUGCUUCAUUACAACAAUUGACAGUUGCUACACCACCAGCUUGUUUAUUGGCUUGUGUUGCUCAAGUUCAAAAAUCAUCAUCUCAAUGUUCAGGUUUGAAUGAUUUAUCAUGUAUCUGUUCUAAUGAAGGUGAUGAUGUUAAAUCUUGUUUAGAUAACAUUUGUCCAAAUGAUGAUGCUGAUACUGCCAAGAAGGCUUUUGAAAGUUCUUGCGAAGGACACAGUGAUGAUUCCAGCUCAUCAUCAUCAUCAUCAUCGUCUGAAGCUGAAUCUUCAUCUACUGAAGAAUCAUCCUCAUCUGAAGCUCCAUCAAGCUCAAAUGAUGUUGAAUCAUCUUCAACUGAAGCUUCUUCAAGCGAAGAAGAGCAAUCAUCAUCUUCCUCAGAAGCCGCUCCAUCCGGUUCAUCAACUGUUGAUGCUGAAUCCACCUCUGAACCCGCUCCAUCAUCUACCGAAGCUGAACCAUCUGUUUCCGAAACUGCCGGUGGAAACGGAGGUGCUGGUGAAGGAGAAGAAACUGCCUCAUCUGCAGCUUCCCAAGAACAAGCAUCAUCCACCUUGGAGACCUCUUCAAUUGCUGAAGAAUCCACUUCGUCUUCUGAAGUUCCAUCUGUUUCAACUCAAACUGAAGGUUCAGGUGCCAACAAGAUUGGUUUGGGUGCUUUAGUUGGUUUAGUUGGUGCUGCAUUGUUAUAA